AUGGCUACUGUUGAAGCUCGCGGACGUGGCAGGGGAAGGGGUCGUGGCCGUGGACGUGGCCGCGGCCGCGGCGGCGCCGUCGCCCCUGAAGUAACUCAGCAUGAGGAGACUAGCCCAUCUCCUUCAUCGUCCUCGGACGAAGAUAUCGAACUCGACGACAUCGAGCUUGAGGAGCUCGAGGCUGCUGAGGCUCUUCUGGACCCUGGCGCUACGAACAUCGGCCCAACGGCCACCGGUCUUCAUCGCACUGCCGACGUUCAACAUUUCUUCCAGUCGCUCGAGGUUAACGGCAAGGUUCACGACUACUGCACUCACUGCAUCGAAAGCCCUGCGUUUGCCGCGUGUGACCUUUGCAGGGACCGUGAUCGCGCAACAAGCGGCGCAACCCUCAAUGGCAAGAAGGUGAACUUCAAGUAUUCGAAGACCUCCAGCACGACCACCAAGCGCGGACAUCUGGCCAAGCAUCAUCCCGACUCCAUCGGUCACGGCAUCCGUGAAGGCACCUGGCCAAUGCACGCCAUCUACUCGAACAAUGUCGACGUCGAACAUAUCAGCAACGAGACCCAGGUCGAGGCUUAUAGCCAGGACUCGUUCCGCAACGCCCUCAUCAGGUUCAUCACGGCGAACGACGUGAGCAUCCAAACGAUCGAACGCCCCGAGUUUCGUGCACUUCUUCGUAUGCUCCGGCCUAGCCUGAGGGACUCGGAUAUCCCAAAGCGCACUCACAUGCGUCACCUCAUUGUCAAAGAUUGGGCUGUUCGCCAUGCCGCACUUGCUCUCCGCCUCUCUUCUGCUCUCGGGCGUAUCUCGUUGACAUUGGACGCUUGGACAGACUUCACCCAACGUCCGUACCUCGCGGUGACCGCGCACUACCUCGCACGCACCGACCCUACCGUUGUCGAUCCUGGUAUCGAGCUCAAGACAGAAGUCAUCGCGUACCAUUACUUUCCCUCCUCUCAUACGGGCCAGAACAUGGCCGUUCUCGUCAAGGCCAUCCUCGAUCGUGUUGGCAUCUCGCGCCAGGUUGGUUACCUGACGAUGGACAACGCGUCGAACAAUGAUUCGAUGAUGUCAACCCUCGCUGGCAUGCUGCGCCGCCACGGCCACAACCCUGACUUCCACCCCAAGGAAAGCCGCAUUAGGUGUUUUGCUCAUGUCUUGAACCUCGCCGUGCAAGCUGUCAUCAAGCACAUUGGCGCGCCGCCGUCUGACACGGUCGUGGUGGCUCCUUUCCAGGGUGCAAUGCUGACUGCGGAUGAUGAAUCUCAUCAGACGAUCGAGGACGCCAUCGCCCGUCAGCCAUUGUCAAUUGCCCGCGCGUUUUUCAGGGCAUUGAAGCGCAACCCGCGGGUUCUCGAGGCCUUCUUCGCAAUUGUCGACGAGCGCAACGCCCGGCUCGGGCCGAAUGCUAAGGACGAGGACAAGAUGAAGAAGAAGAAGCCACUCUUGGACACCCCCACCCGCUGGGACUCAACCUACCUUCUCAUCGAAAGGAUCCUCUACUACAAAGAGGCAAAGAACAUCGAGUACAAGAAGUAUCGCCUCUCGCCCGUCGAGUGGACCAUUCUCGAGCACGUCAAGAAGAUCCUGGAGCCGGCUCACAGGAUGACCACCACUCUGACGUCAAGUGCGACUCCUACUCUCUGCCGCAUGAUUGGUACCUAUGAGUUGCUCUUGACAUGCUGGGGAUUCCUGCGCCGGGCCUACCCGCACUUCGAGGCGCAACUCGGCGAAGGCAUCGCUCUCUUGACACGCUAUUAUGUCCGCAGCGAGGAAACGACCGCUCACGCAUUCGCGAUGCUUCUCAACCCUGCCAUCAAAGAUAUGUACCUCUUGACGAACUGGACCCCGGAAGCGCGCCAGGCAGUGAUGGACAAGUUCUUCGCCCGGCUCGGCAAAUACCAACAACGCUUGCAGGUCAACCAACCUCCUCCGCCAGACGACGGCGCGACGGGCAGCGUGAUUAUCCGCAACGCGUUCGGUUCUGAAUUCGAGGACAUGGCCAAGUUGAUGGCGGAGCACGGCACGGAUCUCGCAGCACAGUUUGUGGCACCCACGCCCUCUCAGAAUGCGCCCGCCUCCACUGUCGACGCCGAGUGGCACGAUUAUCGCUCUCUGAGUACGCUUCCCGAGGACAAAGAUGGAUCCGACACUUCCCCCACCCUCAAGUUCUGGCAUCAACACCGUGAACGCCUGCCCACGCUCUUCGCAAUGGCGAUGGAUGUUCUCCCCGCCCAGUCCACGAGCGUCCCGUGCGAGCAGCUCUUCUCCUCCGGCGUGGACACGAUGACGAAGAAAAGGAACCGCAUCUCCCCGGACUUGAUGGAGAUCCUCCAGAUGCUUAAAUUCGUGUAUCGCAAGGAGCGCAUCAAUUUCACCGCCCACCACAGGGUUCUCGACAUCGAGGUUGAGACAGCGCCGACACAGGAUCACGUGGAGCCGCAAGACAACGCCCUCGUCCUCUACGCUUCUUCUGCCGAGCGUGCUUUGCGGGCCGGCGGCACCGCCGCCGCCGCCACCCUGGCAUUGUCUACGUCCAUUGGCGAAGUCGACGCAGAGCUUGAACUCGUCGAGCUGGCGCGCGCCGCUGUUGGGGUGAGGUAUGGCUUCUAG